AUUCAAAUUAAUUGAAGCGUGUUGCUCUUGUGUGUGUGCAUAUAUACAUGUAUAUGCAUAGAAGCAUGUGGCUUUACCCAUAGCUUGCUUCCAGCAUUUCUGGCAUUUGCUUCCUUCCAGCAUAGGCUGGCAUUUACUUCCUUGUUUAGAAACCAAACUUUCACUGUGAUAGAUACAAGGCCGUGUGCGUACACAAAUAUUCUUUGCAAAAUUACCCACGACUUCUCUUUGAAGACCGGCAAUCCCAGCUCUGUCUCUAUUCAUCGCUGAACAAGGACUGUUUUGAGCAGUAAUCAUCAUAUUUCUUACAACAAUUGGAAUUUGCAGCUUGCAGAAUGAGUACAUUUUGUCCAGGUGAUUAUGAAUGGAGAAAGCAAAGCAGUGGGGAUCUACAGAGCCGACUGAAAACAAGGAAGUUACUGGGAGUAGGAGAAUGUGAGGAUGGCUCAGUACCAGUCUCUAAGAUCAGUCAGAUCCUGGGCAGCGAUGAUCAUUACUUGAUGACCUUGCCAAACGGACUCCGAUUAUGGCAGGUUGCAACAGCUUUAGUCUUCACUGCUGUAGCAUUGUUGGCUAUGAUUUUCCCUGUUGCGUUAUUCGAUGCCAUAUUUGCCUCCAACUGCAGUGCUGAUGCCAUCUUACCCAUUCGUCUCUUUGGAGCAGCUCUUACAUGUCUGGGGUUGUUGUUUUGGAGUGCUGUCAAGUCAGUCAGUAGAUACAUCAUCAGAUGGACAUUGCUUUCACAAGUCUUGUAUCUGUCCAUCCAAGUUGCAGUGAUGAUGUGCACAUUGUAUGGCAGUUUAGCCUUCAAUUUCUCCAGUGUUCUGGUGCUGCUAGUUCUUCUCAUGGCUAUCACAAUCAGCCUGUACUUCUAUGCCAUCCUAUCUGGAUUCAGUGUGAAGUGGUUAUGGAAACCGAAGAUGAUUACGUAUGACAUGUCAACAACGGAUAAGAAUGAUUAAGCAAGGAUCAAGGUACAAUUUUAUGUUACCUCAAAAAGGUUGAAGAUGAUCAGUAUAACUUCAGUCAAGUACGUAUUUGUUAGAACUUGAUGUAUGGUAAUUUGUAUUUUUAUUUAUUUCAAAGAAAUAAGUAAGUUUUUUUUUAUUUAAGAUUAUAGAAUUUCCAAUCAUACAUGUAGAAGUAAUUCUGCUGUAUGUGCGUUACUUUAGACAUUUGCCCCUUAUCACUGCAAUAUGAGAUCAACAUGUACAACACCGUCUUUACCAACAUCUCUUCCCUAUUAUUCCUCCUGUGUGCAUUGAUAUUUUCCUGUAUAUGUGCAUUGUGUUACUUUCCUCAGCAUAGACACAUUUCUAUAUUGAGGCUAGUAAUACAUUGUAAUUGGACACAUUCAGAAGAUGAAAUCACACGAUGAGUUUCGAAGAAAGAACCCAGAUGUUAUGUAUUAAGUGAAGCAUCCUUUGAUAAUACAUAUUGUGAUUGUUCAUGUUGUACUCAUGGUGCUGUGAUUUGGAAUAGAAAUAGAUUUAUUUGAUAUAUUAAAGGUUCCUUUUGUUAAGAUCUGACUCAAUUUUUCUUAGGUAAUAUGUUUGAAGAGUUACUUUACAAGUUUAUUAUGGAAUUCCAUUUGAUUUGAUGAUGUUCAUUCUGUAAAUGUGGAGUCCACUCUUUUCCUGUCCCUGUUGCACCUAUACUUCUAUACUUCUGGAUGCACUCUUAAAUGUACUCUCUCUCUUAACCAGUUCACGUCGGAUGACUUGUAUACACGCAAAGGUUUUGCGGUAUUCGGAAUGGAUGACGGAUAUAACAUGCAAUGAGUGAGGCCGGAAAUAUCCCGGUGUUCAACCAGCAGAUGCCGGCCUGAACCCGUCUGGCAUCGAGGUUCGUGAAAAACAAAUCCGGGUCUGGGUCCGGUCAAUGUCAAAAUAAUCCCGGCGCGAACUGGUUAAGAGGGAUUAUGUGAAAUAAGCAACUUACCCACAAAAUAGUUGGAAGUCAUUUUUAAUGACAUUUGAAUGGCUAAUUACAAAGUUCAGAAGUAACAGAGAGAAAAAUGUCACAAGUUGGACCAUAAAUAUGUAGAAUGAUACAUAAAAUGGCCUUUCAUAUGAGGAUUGAAUUAUCUGCACAGCAUGUAACACACACACAAAAUCAUUCCUACUGUCUCCAAACCCUUGGAGAAAUUUCCCCACUCUUACUUUGUAUCCGCUCCGUUCACAAGUACCCCCUCACCGGCAAAGCAAGUACAGUUGGGGGUGACAGACCGAUGCCAUCUUGCCAGUGACUGCAAUUCAUUGCCGCGCGGCACAGCCACUGCGUGUGCUUAGUACAAAUCCCCUGGGGUACGUGCGUCACACACAAGGAAUGGUGCGCGUCAACCAUCGAAACGUCCUGCCCAUGGGACGUCGUUGCUGGGUAAAAGGGCGCCCUCUUUGUCGGCGCACGGAGCCCAUAGACUAUGUCACCUGUGACUUCAUACCAAUGGGCAACUAACAGGCAAUCCAAACAUUUCAGCAUCUGGUGCAUGUUAUUUUGCCCACAAUAAUAAACAGGUAAUAUGUCACCACUUUAACACCAAUCACAUUUCAAGAGAUACACGUGCAGUGAAGAAGAGAACAGUGUGCUGGAAGUUGGCAUCGCGUGCCACAACCAUGACGACAUCCAAUUUGUAAACAAAUGUAACAUGGUCUAUACAAAGCCACCGCUUUGAAUUGUCCCCAAUUUGAAGGAAAUCAUUGUGUAGAAUUGACUUUUAAAAGCUGAUUGUGGAUACAAGAUACCUCUCUUUCCAUUCAUUACUGCUUCUUAAAUACCCAACAACUUUUCAAAGUACUUUUUUUUGGUGGCACUUGUUACCGAACAUUUACAUAUGCCAUUUGCUAGACUGUUGUAUGCAAUGAUACAUACUGAAUAGGGUCAUCCUUCAACUCCAGAAGGCAGUAACCUACUUGUACUGAUCCUGUGUGUUAUGCUGACAGAGCAAAGACCCUCAAGUCUGCCCUAUAUGUAAUCACAGUAGAAAGAACUAGAGUCUAACCACACAAAGAACAUAAGCACUUAGAACAUACUAUUUUAUAUAUUAUGCAUGAAUGCUAAUGCACAGAAAAUGAUGAAAAUGUGUUGCCAUUGCACAAUAUGACAUUAUGAGUGUAGGUAUUGAUAUAGGUAGUAGUAGUUAUUGAAGCCUUGCAGCGUUAUGCUUGACAAGGCAGUAUACACCAAUGUCAUGCACAAACCAACCACCAUGCUAUUAUCAAGGAAACUAUAUAAUACUAAUACUAGUUCUUUAGCACACAAAAAAGCCAUUUUCAAUAACAAAAAAGAUAAAAUAAACUGUUACAUUACGUGCAACUGAGAUGAAUUGUAAGAAGGGGGAAGCAAAGUGUGAGUUAAAGCUCUUGUUGGGGGAAGAAGAUGUAAUCAAGAAUUUUUUUUUAAAUCAAGAAAUGGUUUUUAUAAAUGCAAAAUACCGAGUUUAAUUCCAUAAAUUGGUUUUGAUAGAGACAGGUUUAAUGUUUUUUUCAUGUGAACAUUGUAAACAACUUAUCUGUGAUCAGUGUGUGCAUACUACUAGAAAAAGUAUUGGCAAACAUGACAAAUGUGCAACAUUUUGACAUCUGUGCUUUGGCAGCUGAUUGGCCCACAAAAGGGAGGAGUGUUCAUUUGUUUGUACAAACUGAUCAAAUUGUCUUGAGUUUACAAUGACAUGCAUCGGCAAAAAAAUGUACACAUCAAGAACUCAAGCAGUGCAUCCUAAAGAUGAAAGUGUCUUGCAACACACAAGCACCUGGUAUGGCAACAUAACAGUCGACACAAAUGGAUGGACUGAGUUCCAACUCUGGCUAGCUGAAGCAUGCAUUGUGAUGUAAACUAUUUAGUUGAUGUAUAAAUUUAGUUGGAAAUAUUAUUUUGUUUGUGUUGGCACAACAGUAAUUCAAGACACAAGUUGCAUAUUACCAUGAGUUAUAUGACCAUGUGUCGUGACAGGGUUUCUUAAUCCAACUGUAAAUAGAUAAACAGCAUUGCAGAUACCUGUAUUUCCAUUGAUAAGAUAAUGGGAGACUUUUGAGACGUUGGUGGCAGCAAACACACCGGUCCUUUUAAAUUGUUCACGUCAUGUUUAAGCUAAACCGCGCAUGCUCAAUUUAAACAAUGGAACUAGAGCUAUGCCUGUUAGAUGAACAGGACACAGGCAUUUUUAAAAUAAUACGUGUAAAGAAAUACUUUUAGAAAAAUACUUUGUCAAAUUUUUGUAUAAGAAGAAAAUGUAAAAAAGUUGAUAAAUUAAUUUAAAAAAAGGUUAUGCCGUCAUCAUGACGUCACCUCCGAUUUUGCAUACUAUUAACACUAUCUACCUACCCACCAAGUUUCAAGACAAUCGGACUUCCCCUUAUAAGUGUUUUUAAAAAUCGCGUUUUUGAUGACAUCAUCGUGACGUCACACAUUUUUCACAAUUGUGCAGAUACCUAUUACAUAACAAACCUAAUACAAAAAGAAUUUGGAUUUAGCAUGUUUGAAGCCAAUCGGAUGAGUAAAAGUGUUUAAUUUUGUAAGCAGAAUAAAAUUGUAAAUAUUUUUU